UGUUCGUACUGUGAAGUUUAUUUACCUAUAUAUAUAUGCAAAUUAUCCGUAGAUUUCCAGAUGUCUCUUUCCCAAGUGUCCCACCUUCCCGAGGAGGAUGAUUGACGUUUUCGGAGACGACCGAGGUGGGACUUGUGCGCUCCUUCUCCAAUCGUGGCUCGAGGGGCGGAGGCUUUCCAUCCACACUCUGAUUAUGAGUCAGUUACCAGACAUAAGCGAAACAAUAACAGUUGGUGGUUACUUUGUAUCCAAAACCUUCACAGGCAAGUUCAGUCUUUUGCGCGUUUUAGCGCAUCGAGCUCUCGAGUAUAUCUGAGGUUUCUUAAGAGGAGCUCAACGCGCUCCACUUUUAAUCACAUUAGGAGGAGCCUUUAAUGUUCAAUCCUGUUUUUUUUUUGCCUUCCCUACAGUAGCGGUGCAGGAGUGGCCAAAGCCAAAAGCAGCGAUUCAGAUCAGAUUUCACCUAAACCAGCUGGGAGAGACACCGAGAGAAAGAGAGAAAGAAAGAGAGAGAGAGCGAGAGAGGGAGAGAGAGAGAGAGAGAGAGAGAGAGCGGAGAGAGGGUUUGUCAGUCUCCCUCCUCCCAAAUCCAGAAAAGCUUACCAAGGAAAAAGGAGGAGUGUCGGAGCUGAGAGAGACGCAGAGGAAUCCAGAGGAAUUUCCGAGGAUAUUUUCUCUUCUUUUUCCACCUCUUGAUAUUAAAAUUUAAAAGUUGGAGGCGAGGCAGCAGGGACCGUGGUCAAGGAUGGACGAGCAGCCUCGGUUGAUGCACUCCCACGGGGUAGGCAUGGCCGGACACCCCGGCCUGGCGCAGCAUAUGCAGGAUGGCACGGCGGGGACGGACGGAGAGGGAAGAAAGCAGGACAUCGGAGACAUAUUACAGCAAAUAAUGACCAUCACAGACCAAAGCUUAGACGAAGCACAGGCGAGGAAACAUGCACUGAACUGCCACAGAAUGAAACCUGCUCUCUUCAAUGUCUUGUGUGAAAUAAAGGAGAAAACAGUGCUCAGUAUCCGCGGUGCGCAGGAGGAGGAGCCCCCAGAUCCUCAGCUGAUGCGACUGGACAACAUGCUGCUGGCGGAGGGCGUGGCCGGGCCAGAGAAAGGCGGCGGGUCGGCAGCUGCAGCAGCCGCCGCAGCAGCCGCUGGCGGCGUCGGUGCUGACAACUCAGCAGAACACUCCGACUACCGGGCCAAGCUGUCUCAGAUCCGACAAAUUUACCACACAGAGCUGGAGAAAUAUGAACAGUUGGACAUCGUCUCGACUGGUGGUGGAUAUGGACAGAGGCAAAACUUAAAAAAGAAUGCGUGCAAUGAGUUCACCACCCAUGUGAUGAACCUGCUGAGGGAGCAGUCUCGCACACGACCCAUCUCGCCCAAAGAGAUUGAGCGCAUGGUCAGCAUCAUCCACCGCAAGUUCAGCUCCAUCCAGAUGCAGCUGAAACAGAGCACCUGCGAGGCCGUCAUGAUCCUGCGUUCGCGCUUCCUCGAUGCCAGACGAAAGAGGAGGAACUUCAACAAACAGGCGACAGAGAUCCUAAACGAGUACUUUUACUCCCACCUCAGUAACCCCUAUCCCAGCGAGGAGGCCAAAGAAGAGCUGGCCAAGAAAUGCAGCAUUACAGUAUCACAGGUAUCAAACUGGUUUGGGAACAAGAGAAUCCGAUACAAGAAAAACAUCGGCAAGUUCCAAGAAGAAGCCAACAUGUACGCAGCGAGGACCGCAGUCAGUGCAACCAACGUGUCUGCUCAGGGCAGCCAGGCAAACUCCCCAUCAACUCCCAAUUCAGCAGGUUCUGCUGGCUCUUUUAACAUGUCAAACUCCGGAGACUUGUUCAUGAGUGUGCAGUCCCUCAAUGGGGACUCAUACCAAGGGGGGCAGGUUGGGGCCAACAUACAAUCCCAGGUGGAUACCCUUCGCCAUGUUAUCAGCCAGACCGGAGGAUACAGUGACAGCCUCGCAGCCAGCCAGAUGUACAGUCCACAGGGCAUCAACACAAAUGGUGGCUGGCAAGAUGCUCCGACUCCUUCGUCAGUGACAUCGCCCACAGAAGGACCCGGAAGUGUUCAUUCGGAUACUUCCAACUGAAUAUAUCCAUCGCUACACCUCAUCUACAAAAAAAACAUGGACUGACCUUGCAAUUCACAGUAUUAAACGAAGGAAUUCACUGCCCCACAGUUUGGAGAGGUACUGUGAGAUUCUAACCAGAAAACAAGUAAUAUUUCCUCUGCUUAUAACGUUGGACAUUUGGGAUACAAACAAAAAGUUUCACAAUAAAAAUUUAAACCGCAAUCAAUGGAGACGUUUGUACAGAUUUCACAUUAUAUUCAGAGGGCUGGGGUUACUUAUUCACUCGUAAUGUUUUCACUCGUAAUGAUGAAAUAAUAAGAUAAAGUAAAUAAAUCAAAUCAUUGGUUUUAACUGAAAAUACUUCAUUCUACCUCUCAGCCACUAAAAAAAAGUAGAAAAAAUAUGUCAGUGACCAUUAUUUGUUUUGUAAAAAUGAAACUUUUGUCUUUGCAAGCAAGAGGCACAUCUUCUUACUUACAUUUUGUUGUCUCUCACCUAUUCUAUGGUACGCCAUUUAGACUUAAAUAUUGCUCAGUUGUUUACAAUGUGUGCUUGAUAAAAGUAUGUUCAUUUUCCCCUCUGUCUCCGACGAGUCAAACAGAGUUCUGUCAGGAGAUUUUUACCUCUAAGGUAACCCUGUGACGUAUGCUAUCUGUAAAACAAUAAAUAAAUACUUGUCAUCAAAUUGGACAAGCUUGACAUCAUUCAUUAAGAUGGAGGAUAUAUCAACUUAAAAGGUAAUUAUUUUUCACUCUGUUGGUUUUGGUUCUGCAGCAUAUUGGUAAAGUGACCGUCACAGAAUUGCAGAAUUCACUGAUGCAAUGGGGGAAACAGGAAUUUUGCUCUAUGCUGGACAAGGAGAAAACUUUUUUUUUUAAAUUUACUUGAAUACUUUAUGAUAUUUCUUAUUGCUUUCCACCACCGCCACUACAGAAGAAAAGUUUUUGACGAUGCCAAAAUGCUGAUGUAACCAAAACUGUCAAGAAAAGUGUGUCAUCAUGGAGUCAGUUAUAAUAUAUUCUUUCAUCAAAUAUAUGCAGCAUAUUGUCUUUUUCUUCUCAUUCAAAUCCCCAUCUUCUGUCAUUUAGCUCUGGUACCACAGUCAAGUGAAUAAAACUGUCCCGUAGAAAAGAAAUACAAGAAGAAAUAUCACUUUCUACGGAAGAGAAAGUUUGUCAAGAACGUCUGUAACUGAGUUUGUUUUUCAAUACAUGAACCACAAUCCACUUAAACAGGGAAGUCAUUAUGUUAAUAGUUUUACAGUGGAUCCUUGCUCCUGAUCUACAGCACAGGUCCAGAAAUGCUUUAGCACAGAGCCACUGAUCACCGCCAUGAAAGAAGCAUCUGGAUGUACCUGAACUGCUGCUCAGCGGCUCUAACGAGGAUAUAAUGUUACGUUCCUCAUUUUAAUGAAUGGUGUCCUCUUCUGGGCGUUUAUUUACUUAGAAAGCAUUCAAGUCAAUAUAUUACUCUGCUGGUACUGCUUUAGUAACCCUAGAUUUGACACCAAAACAAAUGUAGACAUUUGAAUUCAUGCUUGUCUCAGUCCUAUCAAACUGAUUUUAUUUCAGUAUCAAACAUUUAUGAACAUUGUAAAUGUUACCCAUUAAGCACUAAAGAAGGGACACGUCAUUAUGUCAAAUAAUGUGUUUUCUGAGCAGUCUAACCUUGUUUAUAGACACUUUUAUGUUGUGUGGCCUAUUUGUUUUUUGUAUUUUGUUAUUUUUUUAAUGGUAUGCUAAAUGUAGACUAUUACUUUUUUUUGUUUGCUUUCCUUCUCUCGUGAAUUAGCUCAUGAACUUUCAACAUGUGUUUAUGUGCUCCAUUGUGCUUGACUUGCUUUGUUGGAAAGGGUUUUCAACACAUUAAAAAUGAUAUGUAAUACA